AUGAGAACGUUAUUGUUGUUGCUUCUCUGCUGUCACGCUUCAUCACCAGGGAAACACUCCCUGAAGUAUUUCUUCACUGCACUGUCUGGACUCCCAGACUUCCCCGAGUUCGUUGCAGCCGCAGUGGUCGAUGAAAAUCUGGUGGUUCACUGCGACGGCAGCAAAAAGUUGAUCGAACUAAAACACGACUGGGUGGAAAAAGUGCUGGAAAAGGAUCCUCACCAUAUGGAGCUGUACAGUGCCGGGUGUUACGAGCAGGAGCCAGUUGCUUUCCAAGCCACGAUCAGUGAUUUCAAACUGCGCUUAAACCAAAGUGGAGGUGUCCACAUUUUGCAGAGGAUGAGCGGCUGUGAGUGGGACGAUGAGACUGGAGAGGUCGUUGGUUUUCAGCAGUAUGGUUACGACGGCGAGGACUUCAUGUCGCUGGACCUGACGACAGAGACAUGGACCACUCCAAAACCACAGGCCGUCAUCACCAAACUGAGAUGGGAUGCUGAGAUACAUACGAUAAAAUCGUACAAGUAUUUCCUAACAACCAUUUUCCCCGAGUGGCUGAAGAUGUACGUGGCCUUUGGGAGGAGCUUUCUGCUGAGAACAGAGCUUCCCUCAGUGUCUCUCCUCCAGAAGACUCCCUCCUCUCCAGUCAGCUGCCUCGCUACAGGUUUCUACCCUCACAGAGCCUCACUGGUCUGGAGGAAAGAUGGAGAGGAGCUUCAUGAGGAGGUGGACCACGGAGAGAUCCUCCCCAACCACGACGGAACCUUCCAGAUGAGUGUCGACCUGGACGUUUCAUCAGUCACACCUGAGGACUGGUCGAGGUACGACUGUGUGUUUCAGCUCGAUGGUGUGGCGGAGGACAUCGUCACCAAACUGGAGAAAGAUCGGAUCAGGAGCAACUGGGUGAAGCCCAGUGAAAAGACCGCCCCCAUCAGUGCCGCAGUGGUUCUUCUCGCUCUCACUCUCAUCGGUACUGCUGGAUUCAUCGUUUACAGAAAGACGAAAGUGAAGCCCACUGAGGAGACCGUCCCCAUCACUGCUGCAGUUCUUGCUCUCACUUUCAUCUGUGCUGCUGGAUUCAUCGUUCACAAAAAGAAGAAAGACAAGCGCAGAGCUCUCUGAGCAGCUGAAUCCAGAGACCUGAAUGACAAACACACUCUCCUGGAGACGCUUGCAGCCUUUAUUUAGCCUUGCAGAGCUAAAAGAGAGUAAAAGGUUAAAGGCUUCCUGCAAUAACAGUGAAGUAAUAUAUAUAUAUAAAAGGAUUGGCUGGGACUGUUCUAUUUUCUAUGGCUCUGAUUGGUUGUUUUAUUGAUUGUUGUUCUCUUCCUCUAGUGAUAUACAGCUGAGGUGAUGCCAGAUGAUGCGCUCUAAUUAUCACUGAGUAAGAGAGAGUUAGAAGAGCGAUGCACCUCACCAUAUGAAGAGAAAGUAAUCUUACAUUACGUUCUCUUCAGUUUGGAUUUGGACUUCUAAUAACUGAUUUGUUGGCGAUUUUGUGACUAUAAAUAGAAAGAAGUAAUGAAUGGGAAAAUUAGCCUCCAAACAGAAUGAUUGAAUGCCUGGAACGAGGUUGUUAACCCUAACCCAGUUUAGACUGAGUAGUUCCAGUGCAGAUAUAAGGCUGGGUCAUACUGCAGAGUUUCUGCUGUUUGUUUGUGUGUUUGUUUGGCUGAGUGAAGGAUUUAAAGGCAGCUUAAAGAUGUCUAGGUCAGGGUUAGAGAGUAGCGUCUCCUGUCAGAGGGCUCAGUGGACACGUAGUGGCACAGUCUGAUACCCACUGCAGUUCAAAAAUGGGUCCAAAUGUAGUUUAACAUGAAGACUGUGACACCAAAUGUUGUCACAUUUUUACUAUGUAUUGAUUUUUGAUGAAUGAACAAUAAUCUGAUUAACCCAGGUGAGGAAGGGGAUUCAAGAUGGGACAAUAUGGAGGAGCCAGAACAUUAUGAGAUAUAGUGACAGUUUUGAUGUUGGAGGAACAGAAUGUGACCCGUUUGGGUGACAGCACCUUGUAUAUCUAAAUAUGCCUGAUUCCUUUACAUUGAUGAACAUGAAUGCAUGUCGAAGUCAAAUGUAUUGUUCUUUCUUUUUUUUAUUCUGAUGUUUUGUCUUUUCAAUAAAAUCGUCAA